AUGUACUCUCGUUCCAUCCUCCUUGCGGUGGCUGCCACUUCCAUCACCCUCGCCAAUGCCGAUGACCCCUGGGGUAGCUCCGGUGGUAUCUGUUACGCCUAUGGUGUUGACUUUGUCGAUGAAGGAAGCUACUUCAUCGACUCGGAGUCUACUGAGGAUUUCUCUGCUGUAACAUACUUCAAAGGUUGCAACGCAGAUGGUAUGGCAGAUGUUUUGCUCGUUGCGCCUGAGGAGGCAAAUGGCGAGGAAUACCUGUGUGACAGGAUUCCCACGACACCUGAUGAUGUCAACCAGUUGGCAGACUGCCCCAUCAAGAAGAACCAAAUGAGCUCAGGACACUGGCUACUUCUGGUACUGGGAGACAAUGAAGCCAACGAGGACGGUUCGAACGGCCAGCCCUUCGCAUGGCAAAGAGAUCUCUACUUGACUGUCGGCACGAAAGUCACCAGCACAUACACUGCAACAACGACAGACACCAAGACCGAGACACCUACCAUCACUUCAACUGUCACUACCACCUCGACUGAUGUCGUCACUGCUGGGCCGUUCUCGACUGUCACUAUGCCUAGCGGCACCGCUAAGAAGGUCAAGACAGUCACGCCAAAGGCAGUCACUACCACAUCUACAAAGACCAUGACUCGCACCAGGCACUCCUGGACCAAGCACUUUGGCGUCACCACUAAGACUGUCGAAGCCACGUGCACUACUCCGGCCCACGUGGGCAAGCCCGACAAGCCUUGCGAGUACUCGCCCACCAAGGUUCACGCGGCGGCAAUGGAGACACCUACCACCAUCCCUAGACUCCACCGCUUCGUUCGCAAAGGCGACCGUGAAGUCGACUACGAAUGGGCGCGUGCCCGCGUCGAAGCCGCAAAGCAGAAGCGUGCGGAGAAGGCUGGAAAGAUUGAACGCCGCGCUCCUGAUGCCCCGACAACGACUGUCACUUACGAGACUCCGGUUGCAGUACUCGCUACUGUGACUGCACCAGCUAUCACCACUACUGAGAGUGUUCUUCUCACAGAGUCCGCCACAACGACGCUUCCUCCUCCUACUGUUCUUUCCGGCCUGCUCACCUCUACCACCACGCUGCCGACUCCCACUAAGACCAAGUUCAAGCUCGCCUUCACUACCACGACCGAGGUCAUUACUUUCGGCCAUGUUUGGACUACAACGACGACUGUAACUCCUACCUCGUCAGUAAGCGCUUGUAAGAAGCACGGUGGGCAUUUCUGGUGGCACUAG